AUGAAAGAUUACGAAGAGCCAGGCCCUGAGGAGGGACCUGAACUUGGAUCUCGGUGGGGUCUAGUAUUUGAUGGAGCUUCUAAUUCUUAUGGCCAUGGAGUUGGGGCAGUCAUCAUUACUCCUCAUGGUUCUCAUGUUCCAUUCACCGCCAGAAUUUGUUUUGAAUGCACGAACAAUAUAGCAGAGUACGAAGCUUGUAUCACGGGUCUUGAAGAAGCUAUUGAUUUGAGGAUUAAAAUUCUCGAUGUGUAUGGAGAUUCGUCAUUAGUAAUCAACCAGAUUAAAGGUGAACGGGAAACUCGUCAUCCAGGGUUGAUCCCGUAUAGAGACUAUGCUAGGCGUUUGUUGCCAUUCUUCAACAAAGUCACUUUUCAUCAUAUACCUAGAGAAGAAAACCAAAUGGCAGAUGCUCUGGCCACUUUGUCUUCCAUGUACAAAGUGAAUGCCCGUAAUGAAGUACCUCGCAUCAUAAUUAGGCGCCUCGAUAGGCCCGCCCAUAUCUUCACAACGAAAACUGAGAUAGAUAACAAACCAUGGUAUCAUGAUAUAAAGUGUUUCCUCAAGGAUCAUGAAUACCCACCUGAGGCAUCAAGUAAAGACAAAAAGACUUUAAGAAGAUUAGCUUUCAAUUUUUUCCUCAACGGGGAUGUUUUGUACAAAAGAAAUUAUGACAUGGUUUUGCUUAGAUGCGUGGAUAGACACAAAGCAAACAUGUUAAUGAAAGAAGUUCACGAAGUUUCUUUUGGUACUCAUGCCAAUGGUCAUUCCAUGGCUAAGAAGAUGCUUCGAGCAGGUUAUUAUUGGUUGACAAUGGAGUCUGAUUGUUUUCAGUUUGUGAAGAAGUGCCACAAAUGUCAAAUUUAUGCUGAUAAGAUACACGUCCCCCCGACUUUGCUCAACGUUAUCUCUUCCCCAUGGCCAUUCUCUAUGUGGGGAAUUGAUAUGAAUGGCAUGAUUCAACCCAAAGCUUCGAAUGGUCAUCGUUUUAUAUUGGUCGCCAUCGAUUACUUCACCAAAUAUGGUAUCCUGAAUAAAAUCAUCACUGAUAAUGGCUCUAACUUGAACAACAAUAUGAUAAGAGAACUCUGUGAGAGCUUCAAGAUCGAGCAUCACAACUCUUCUCCAUACAGACCUAAGAUGAAUGGUGUUGUUGAAGCUGCUAACAAAAACAAUAAAAAAUCUUGCAAAAAAUGGUGGUUACUUAUAAGGAUUGGAAUGAGAUGCUUCCUUUUGCUUUACACGGAUACCGUACGUAUUUCCGAACUUCAACAGGGGCAACCCCUUUCUCUUUGGUCUAUGGGAUGGAAGCAGUGCUCCCGGUAG